GUCACUGUGCGGUCGGCGGGGAAACGGGCGGUUUGGGGUUCGGAGCCGCGCCGCGCGCCGAGCACGCGGGGCUCCGCCGUCCGAGGAGCGAGGGUUUGUUCCGCCCGUUUCGUUUUUGUCUGAUGCGAAAUCCCGGGAGCCCGGCGGGCUCCCUGCGUUCUUCCCUUCCCGCCUCCCGCCUCUCCAGCAUGUAGCGGGAGGACGGCGGUAGAGGGGCCGAGACGCGCGCGGUCGGCCUUUCGGACGCGCUGCCGUAGGAAGGAGGAAGGCUGAUCCUCCUCCGGGGCUCUCGGCGGCGUUGGCGCCGCGCUGAGGAAAUGGGGCUGGCUGCGCGCAGCUGAGCCCAUCCGCUGCCGGAGCUGCUGCGGCGCGGGGCUUCGACCGUUCUGGCAUCAGGGAGGCGCGCCGAUGUCGGCCUGUCGUGUGUAAAAUGGACAACGAAGUCUUCACCCCCCUUUUGAAGAAGUUCACGCGCAGCCCUCUCGUCACAUGGGUUCGGACGUUCGGACCCUUAGCGGAGGAGAAUGGGACCAGCCUGGAGGAAUACAUGACGCUGGUGGACGGCGUGUUUCUCAACGAAGUCAUGCUGCAGAUUAAUCCGAAGUCCACGAAUCGGAAUGUAAACAAGAGAGUCAACAAUGAUGAAUCACUAAGGAUUCAGAACUUGUGUAUUUUGGUGAAGAAAAUAAAAUAUUUCUACCAGGAAUGUUUGCAGCAGCUGAUCUUGAUGGCUUUGCCGAAUGUGUUAAUAAUCGGCAGAAAUCCUCUUUCUGAGCCAGGUACUAAUGAAAUAAAUAAAAUACUCCUGCUUCUGCUUGGUUGUGCUGUUCAGUGUCAGAAAAAGGAAGAAUUCAUUGAAAGAAUCCAACAUCUGGAUUUUGACACAAAAGCAGCUGUUGCAGCCCAUAUUCAAGAGGUAACUCAGAACCAGGAGAAUGUGUUUGAUCUGCAGUGGAUGGAUGUCAUUGUAUUUACACAAGACUCUGUUGAACCUCUUUUGAAAAAUAUGACAUUACAGUUGAGAAGACUUGUAGAUGAAAGAGAUGAGCACUUAGAGACUAUCAUAGAACUCUCAGAAGAUCGGGACUCUCUCCAUUUGCUACCUCAGGCAUCAGCAGCACAAUCACCUUGUGGAUCUCCUGGCUUGAAACACACUGAAAGCAAACAGCACCUGUCAGUUGAGCUAGCAGAUGCCAAAGCAAAGAUAAGAAGGCUUAGGCAAGAGAUUGAGGAAAAGAAUGAGCAAUUUCUUGACUAUAAACAAGAACUUGAACGGGUGGAAAGUGAACUAAGGAAGCUUCAGCAAGAGAAUAAGAGUUUACUCUCAGAUGCCCGUUCUGCCAGGAUUUAUAGAGAUGAAUUAGAUAUUCUUCGUGAGAAGGCAAUUCGAGUUGACAAGCUCGAAAGUGAAGUCAGCCGGUACAAAGAGAGACUGCAUGAUAUGGAAUUCUACAAAGCUAGAAUGGAGGAGUUAAUGGAAGACAAUCAAGUGAUGCUAGAAACAAAGAGGAUGUUUGAGGAUCAAGUAAAGACACUGCAAUCCCGUUCUGAUAAAUUACAUGUGGUAGAAAAAGAGAAUCUACAGCUGAAAGCUAAACUACAUGAAAUGGAGUUGGAGCGUGAUAUGGACAGAAAGAAGAUUGAGGAACUUAUGGAGGAUAACAUGGCUCUGGAAAUAGCUCAGAAACAAAGUAUGGAUGAAUCACUACAUCUCGGCUGGGAACUUGAGCAGAUAAACAGGUUUACUGAUCAUUCUGAAGUGUCAUAUAAAUCACUUGGUCUUGAAGUAACUGAACUGACAUCAAGCAGACUACUGAAAUUGGAAAAGGAAAACCAAAGUUUACUGAAAACAGUGGAAGAACUACGAAGCACAAUGGAUGAUUCUGUAGGAGGCAAUAGUUCAAGGAUUCUGAAAAUGGAAAAAGAAAACCAAAGACUAAACAAAAAGAUUGAGGUACUGGAAAAGGAAAUUAUCCAAGAAAAACAGAGUCUUCAGAACAAUCAAAAUUUGACUAAGGAUUUGAUGAAAGAAAAAGUACAACUUGAAAAGAAAUUUGAAACACUUCGAGAGAACUUAGAACGACAAGUUAAACUAUUAGAACAAGAGAACGAACGUUCAAAUCAAACCAUAGCUGCUUUAAGACAACGUGCACAAAUCAGUGCUGAAGCACAAAUGAAAGAAACUGAAAACGAAAACAAAAUUCUUCACGAGUCUAUUAAGGAAACCAGCAGUAAAUUAAAUAAGCUUGAAUUUGAAAUAAAACAAGUCAAGAAAGAAAUGGAACACUAUAAAGAGAAAGCAGAGAGAGCAGAAGAACUUGAGAAUGAGCUGCAUCGUCUGGAGAAGGAAAACGAAUUACUGCAGAAAAAAAUUGCUAACUUAAAUAUCACCUGUGAGAAGAUAGAGGCCUUAGAAAAAGAGAACUCGGACCUGGACAUAGAAAACAGAAAGCUGAAGAAAACUUUGGAUAGUCUGAAAAACCUCUCAUUUCAACUGGAGUCCUUAGAAAAGGAAAACUCCCAACUUGAUGAAGAAAAUUUAGAGUUAAGAAGAAGGAUUGAAUCUUCAAAGUGUACAAGCAUUAAAAUGGCACAGUUACAGUUAGAAAAUAAGGAGCUGGAGAGCGAAAAGGAGCAGCUUAAAAAAAGCCUUGAACUCAUGAAAGCGUCGUUUAAGAAAAGUGAACGCUUAGAAGUCAGCUACCAAGGUCUAGACACAGAAAACCAAAGGCUACAGAAAGCCCUUGAAAACAGCAAUAAGAAAAUUCAGCAAUUAGAAAGUGAAUUACAAGAUUUGGAAUCCGAAAAUCAAACUCUGCAGAAAAACUUAGAGGAGUUGGUAAUUUCUAGUAAGCGCCUGGAGCAACUGGAAAAAGAGAAUAAGUUGUUAGAACAGGAGACUUCUCAACUGGAAAAAGAUAAGAAACAGCUAGAGAAAGAAAAUAAAAGACUUCGACAGCAAGCAGAAAUUAAAGACAGUACUUUAGAAGAAAACAAUGUCAAAAUUAACCAUCUGGAAAAGGAAAAUAAGUCUCUGUUUAAACAAAUAGCAGUCUAUAAGGAGUCAUGUGUACGCCUGAAAGAACUAGAAAUGGAAAAUAAAGAACUGGUGAAAAGAGCUAGCAUUGAUAAGAAAACCCUCGUCACUUUACGAGAGGACUUGGUGAAUGAAAAACUGAAGACCCAACAAAUGAAUAACGAUCUAGAAAAACUUUCCCAUGAACUUGAAAAAAUAGGCUUAAACAAGGAGCGUCUCUUGUGUGAUGAGCAGAGUAGUGAUGACAGGUACAAACUUUUGGAGUCAAAAUUGGAAUCCACCCUUAAGAAGUCUCUUGAAAUAAAAGAAGAAAAAAUUGCAGCUUUGGAGGCUCGUUUGGAAGAAUCAACAAAUUUAAACCAGCAACUCCGUCAGGAACUUAAAACAGUGAAAAAGAACUAUGAAGCUCUCAAACAAAGACAAGAAGAAGAAAGGAUGGUUCAGAAUCCUCCUCCAAGAAAGGGAGAAGAAAAUCAAUCUGUCAAUAAGUGGGAGAAAGAAAACCAGGAAACUACUAGAGAAUUACUGAAAGUUAAAGAUAGAUUAAUUGAAGUGGAAAGGAAUAAUGCUACACUUCAAGCAGAGAAGCAAGCACUGAAAACACAAUUAAAGCAGCUUGAGACACAGAAUAACAAUCUGCAGGCUCAGAUUCUUGCCCUUCAGAGACAGACUGUUUCUCUACAGGAGCAGAAUACAACUCUACAGACUCAAAAUGCCAAACUUCAGCUGGAAGUGAUAAGAGAAUGUCUCACCCAGCAUGAGAAAGGGAGUUCCUCUUCUUCCUUCAGAAUUCAGCUGUUUUUCUCAUCUGUUGGAGAGCAGGUUGAAAAUUCUACCCUUAAUUCUCAAAGCACAUCUCUAAUGAAUCAGAAUGCACAACUGUUGAUUCAACAGUCUGCUUUAGAAAAUGAAAAGGAAGGUGUGCUCAAGGAGCUGGAGGAUCUGAAGUCGUUGUACGAUUCACUUCUCAAAGACCAUGAAAAACUGGAGCACCUACAUGAACGCCAAGCUUCUGAGUAUGAGUCACUGAUUGCUAAACAUGGAAGUCUUAAAUCUGCACACAAAAAUCUGGAGGUGGAGCACAAGGACUUGGAAGACAGGUACAAUCAGUUGCUUAAACAGAAAGUGCAGCUGGAAGAAUUGGAGAAAGUGCUCAAAACAGAACAGGAGAAAAUGCUGCAGCAAAAUGAAAAACAUGAGACUGUGGCAGCAGAGUAUAAGAAACUUCGUGAUGAAAAUGAUAGGCUUGCUCAUACACAUGAUCAACUCCUGAAAGAGAACGAAGUUCUGCAAACUGAUCAUAAGAAUUUGAAGACUUUAUUGAACAAUUCCAAACUGGGACAAACACAAUUAGAAGCUGAGUUCUCUAAACUCCGAGAAGAGUACCAACUGCUGGAUAUUAAAUGUACAAAAAUAAGUAAUCAGUGUGAGCUGCUUAGCCAGCUUAAAGGAAAUAUGGAGGAGGAAAACAGACAUCUACUAGAUCAAAUUCAGACAUUAAUGCUACAGAAUAGAACAUUACUUGAGCAGAAUAUGGAAAGCAAGGAUCUCUUCCAUGUAGAGCAAAGGCAGUACAUUGACAAGCUAAAUGAAUUAAGGCGACAGAAGGAGAAACUGGAGGAGAAGAUAAUGGAUCAAUAUAAAUUUUAUGAGCCAUCUCCACCCAGAAGAAGGGGCAACUGGAUUACACUGAAGAUGAGAAAACUGAUGAAAUCCAAGAAGGAUGUUAAUCGAGAACGUCAGAAGUCUGCAACCCUUACACCAACCCGUUCAGAAUCCAGUGAAGGAUUUCUUCAGCUGCCCCACCAGGACAGUCAGGAUAGCUCCUCAGUGGGCUCAAACUCUCUUGAAGAUGGCCAGGUCCUGGGAACCAAGAAGAGUACUAUGGUUGCACUGAAAAGACUGCCCUUUUUGAGGAACAGACCGAAGGAAAAAGACAAAAUGAAGGCCUUCUAUCGUCGCUCCAUGUCCAUGAAUGACCUGGUGCAGUCCAUGGUCCUAGCAGGAGGACAGUGGACAGGUAGUUCUGAGCAUCUGGAGGGUCCUGAUGAUAUAUCUGCGGGUAAAAGGAGAAAAGAAUUGGGAGCUAUGGCCUUCUCUACUACAGCUAUCAACUUUGCAACUGUCAACUCUUCUACAGGCUUCAGAUCCAAGCAGUUGCUAAAUAAUAAAGAUGCUGUGUCUUAUGAAGAUGUAAGUCCACAAGGUAUUAGUGAUGACUCUAGUACAGGAUCAAGAGUUCAUGGAGUACAGGACAUUAACUGUGCAGAUGCUCUUGCUCCUCCUGUUCGUGGCAUUUCAACAAUGUGCAAGGUUCCCUGUCAAAUCUGUUCUUCCAGACCAGCCAGCCUUGAUAGUGGCAGAACAUCCACUAGUAAUAGCAAUAACAAUGCUUCACUCCAUGAAGUCAAAGCAGGUAUGGUUAACAAUCAGAGCAGACCUCAGAGUCACAGCAGCGGAGAAUUCAGUAUGCUACAUGAACACGAUGCUUGGUCAAGCAGCAGCAGCAGUCCUAUUCAGUAUUUGAAGGGUCAUACAAGGUCCAGUCCUGUGCUUCAGCAAAAAACACCUGAAACACUGGAUCGUUGUGGAAAACAGAUCAAAACCGAUUCUCCUGGAAGUGAGGUUGUUACCCUGCAGCAGUUCUUAGAAGAAAGCAACAAAAGUACCUCAAGCGAGAUGAAAUCUGGGAGUGAAGAGAAUCUUUUAGAUGAAGUAAUGAGAAGUUUAUCUGAGUCAUCUGAGCUGACAGGAAAGGAAAAGCUAAGAAAGGCAGCUGCUGGUUGUGGAAUUGUGAGGUCACUGAGUGUAAAAAACCCAGUUGAUUUCUCAGAUGGACGAUCCAUUAAACCAGAACAACUUGUCAGGCCCACCCUUCGUAAGACAGAAGAUGCCUAUUUCACUAGCUCUCCAAUAAAAUUUACAUCAGGCACUCAAGGGAAGGCCAAAUCAGUGAAAGAAAAGAUGCAAACAUCUGCAUCACAGCGACAAUCAAGGGAUUGCAAUCCUUAUGCUACCUUACCUCGUGCGAGCAGUGUGAUUUCUACAGCAGAAGGAACUACUCGAAGGACAAGCAUUCAUGAUUUUUUGUCUAAGGACGUUAGGCAACCUGUUUCUAGUGAUCCAGCAACAUCCACGGCUGACAGAAGUGUUCCAGCAACAUCUAGUGAGUACUCAGCACACCAGUUAUCCUCUCCUUUUUUUCACUGUGUGGCUUACAGAGUAGAUUGUGUUCCACAAAGCAAUGCAACUAACACAGUUAAACCACGUAAUUUAGGAUGCAACUCUGAUGUGCCUAAGACUUCAAGGAUGGAAAGGUCAAAUUUUUGUGAGAAAACUUUCUUAAGCACAAAUAUGUUUAAUGAUAAAGUCAGUCUAUCUGGUAGUGAGAACACAGGAUCUUUUACUGUGGUGCAGCCGUUUUUAUCCCUUAACACUGAAUUAGUUAGUAAUAUCAGUGGAUUGCCUCCAAGGUCUGCAUCAAAAGCUGAUCAGGCAAACCUGUCAAUGUUUGUAUCCGUACCAAAAAAUCAGGAACAGCCUUUUACCAAUCAGAAAUCUGCUAAUAGGGACUUACAGUCAGCACUAAGUAGUGAAUUUGUUCCUACCAGCUGUGUGAACACUAGCGAGGCAGAAUCCCUGCUUCUUGUUUCUGAGGAUAAUAAAACUGUGUGGUAUGAGUAUGGUUGUGUGUGAUAAGAAAGCUGUAUUAUUAAAUCUAUAAUUAUAUAGGACACAUAGGUGCUCUGUUGAACGUCCACUGGACUUAGAGAGAAUUUCACUACAAUGAAAAAGUAACUUCAUUUAGAUCUGUGGGUUGUUUUUUCUUUUUUUCCUGAGAGCAGUGGCAUACAGCUCAGUUGUGAACUCAAGCAUGUGUUCGAAUGUAAAAUUGUAACCUCAUCCAAGUUUGCAUGAAACAUUAAUUGCACUGUAUAUAUUUUGCAUGCUUUCAAAAUCUUUAUAAUGCAAGCUAUAUUUUUAUUUGUCGUUCAUUACAAAUAUUUUGGUUUUUUUAUCUGUACGUAACUGAAUGCAUGUUAAAGCAAUUGCAUGCUGCAUUGCCAGAAGUGGCACAGUGAACUACAGUACAAAGACUGCCUUUCAGUUCUGCUUAUGCUUCCAGUUUAUCAGUAACACGUUGACUUUGUGUUUGGAGUACAAAUACAUUUUUCCUUGUUUUUCUGUUUAAAAAGAGAUACCAAUGAAAAGAAGCAUUUAGAGAGAUUUCAGUUCCUUACUUUUAAUGUUUAUACCACCUCCUGUGUAUCAAUCUGCACAAGAAACAACUUAUAAUCCAGUAACUCAGUGACUGUCCUGCACAAAGAUAUGAUUCACAUGCCAUAUUAAUGUUUAAAUAUUUUAGUAAGUAAUUAGAGUUACCAUUCAUAAUUCUAAACCUCAAAUGAUGAUUCUUUAUUAAGAGGUAACAGUGGAACAACAUGCAGCACUUGUGAUGAAAAAAUGAUCCUUUCCACCUUUUCCCAUUCGUAUAUGUUGUCAUUCCACAUCUGGUGUACAAAUGUGGUGCAGUAUGCUGUCUCACUAGGAGUCAAAUAACACUGUGAUCUGAGAAUCCAUGUGUUGUGUGGUAAUAAACUUGUAUUGAUUAUG